GUUUCCUCUUUUUACAACUGAUGAAGGUGUUUGGAUAGACACCUAAAUGUCUUGUUAAAGGGAUUUUUUUACCCCAAAAUAAAAAUGUUAUGUUUAUCUGCUUACCCCCAGGGCAUCCAAGAUGUAGGUGACUUUGUUUCUUAGGAGAAACAAUUAGGAAAGUUCUAACAGUUUGGACAUUGCGUGAAUCAGGGGUAAAAAAUGAUAUAAAUACUGUUCAGUUUCUUGCACAGACCGAUUGUUUUGUGUAAGAGUUUAGUAAGAGUCAUUGGUUGUGUUGAUUACUGUGGAAGGGCCGUGUGUGACCGUUGCAGAUGAAAGAGACAGGAAGUGUUUUUAGAGCAAUGGUGGUCCUCUCGCCUCUGUGCAACCACAAUGUAGACGGAGAGCAAAACAGAAAAAAACGCUUCCUCCUACAAUAUGAAAAAUAAAGUGAAACUACAACACCAAAAUCUUUCAAAAAGAUUGAUAUGGUAUGAGCAAUGCAAAACGUAAUUUCUUUUUAUUUAAACAAAUUUUUGGGUACAAAAAGUAUCAAAGGUUUAAAAUCUAUCACUAAUUAAAAAAUGGUAAGAAAGUACGACAAUCACAUCUGCUCUACUAUAUAGUCUUAGAUGUGAUCAUUCUUUACAUUAAGUUUUCCUUUUCAUUUUUUUUAAAGAUGUGAUUUACCCUGCCCCCAACCUUAUGUGAUAUAGAGCCAUCGAGCUGUCUUUGUGGUUACUGUGUGUCUAUGCAGAGAAAUGUAUCAUCAUUGCACGUCCUUGUAGCACAAGACACCAUGAGGAUUGGACAACCCAUCUCUGUCUUGCUUGAACAGCACUGGACCCGUCUGUCAAUAGUCUUAAUAACCCUUAUAACAGGGGCCUUGACAGAUGAAGAUGUGAUUAGAGCUCUGUUGGGUGGAAGUGCGUCUUUUAACUUAAAGGUUACAAGUGGCAUGGCAGUAACCCUAGCUGUAUGGAACAAGUGUCCGAAUCAGAAGGUUUUUGUGUUCAGCCCUGACCAUGGACUUACAAUAUUUGACAGCAACUAUGCCGGUCGUCUUUCUGUGAAAUCAAAUCACAGAUUCAUACUGGACAAAUUGCAAGAGAGUGACUUUAUGACUUACUGUUAUGAACUCACCACUUUCCCGCAUGGGAGCCUUCAAGGACAAAUUACACUGGUGAAAACAACAGAAAAUGGUGACAUGCCCAUCAUGAUAAUCUCUGUGGCUUGCAGCAUAGGUUUAAUAGUAUUAUGUGGAAUCAUCGCUGGAGUGGUUUGCUAUAAGAAGAGGAAAAGUAACUCAGCAGCCAAUGCAUUGCAACCUGGAGGCGUUUCUGGCGGUCAGUCCUCUGUGCGGCCGAAAAAUCAGAAGCGACCCAAGAACAAACGUUCACAGAAUGAAGAGGUGGAGGAUGAAGACUUCUGUUACCUGAAUAUUAAUUAACCUAACAAAGUAUGUUUAUAAUGGAUAUUAGUAGAUUUAAAG